UGAGGUAGCUGCUGGGUUUUUGAAAGUUUAUAGAUUUGCUAAGCAACAUGUGAUACAAAUAGCAAGAGUUGAACAAAUAUUUCCAGUAUAUCUCCUUGUUGAAGAUGAAGAAGUAAACAAACUAAUGCUCGCGGAUCAGACAACAUCUCUGCAAUUGUCUGCCUGUAUUCUGUGUUGGUAACGAAAGGCUAAAUUUUGACACAAAAGCAUUCUUAGCAUUGUACUCAACAUGUAACAAAUCAAACAGAAGAAAGGAAAUGAAGAGCGUAGGGUAUUUAUAAUAAAACUGUCUGUCUGCAGUCAGUGGGCAGUUCUUGUUUUGGUUAACUUUUUAUCAAAGAGACAACGACAGGUUCAAGAUGCCGCAUCCUGCCUCGAUUCAAGUUCACUGCAUGGAGGCUGCGGAACAAGAACCGCUUGAAUUUUAUGAGUGUUAAAACAUUUCCGCAGUUUUAUAUUCACUAAGCUUAUGCCACAGUUCAAUGAAACUCCUGUUAAGGAAAAGGAAAGCCAUACCUUUUGUGACUAACGCUUCUCUGGCUUUUGAAAAGUAUAAAUGUGCUUAGUACGGCCAAGUGGCAACACGCGGAGUUGGUCUCUAACUACAGUGCAUAGCGAGAACUCGUAACAAAAAAGAGAGAACAGAACCCGGGCAAUCAUUUAGAGAAACGAGCACAGAGGAGCAAUAACAAAGAAGAACCUCGAGAAGACUGAAUUAUAAAAUGGAUUUUAAUGCCAAAUUUCUGGAUUUUCUGAUUGCAAUAAUUGCUGUGAUGUCAUUUACAAAAGCUGCUCCACUUGUCAAAAAAGUUGUUGAGCAUCCUUCGACUUAUAGACGCGUAAAGAUGGCCCACAAAUUUGGAAUUGUGGCGAUCAGCCCGAACAAAAAAGUUUAUUUAACAAGAAACAUGAAUGAUGAAAACACGGAUUUGGUACUAUAUGCUUAUGGUCCACAGACACACCGGAUAGAAGGUGCAAAAUCUGGUCUCAGCAUUGCUAUGAAUUCACGUGGAAAAGUCUAUGCUACAAAAAAUAUUAGUACCGAGACCCUAUUCAAACACGACGUGAUGCCAAAUCGGCGCCAUGUUUUCGAAUCCACGUUGUACAAAGGCUUCAACCUCGGAUUCAACAAGCAGCUUCUACCAAAGAAAGGCAAAACAACCCGCAUUUGGAAAAGUGACAGGUGGUAUUUCCAAGUGUUUUCACCAAACAGUUUCAGAACCAUAAAAGUAAAUUCUGUGUUUUAUAACUAUUUCAAAAGUUCAAUGCAAGGCUGAAACUUGAAGUCGAAUGCAAGUCGCAGAAUAGCAAACCACUACAUAAAUGAACGAAGCCAGGUAUCUGUGGAAACGAGUAGUUUAGCCAAAUCUACAAAGGUUGAAAAAAUUAGAUGCAUGCUUUGAAUUGAGUACUUUGAAAAAUAGCCACUGAAACGGUGGAAGAAAGCAAGAUGCUCUUCGUAGUUUAGCAAUGAUGACGUCACGUUCAUGAGUUCAAGAGAACAUGCCCCGUACAGCUGGAUGUACCGUAGGUCGAAAAUGAUAUUCUAUUGCCAGCAACGAAGCUCCCCAAGACAAGUUUAUUCCUAUGUUGAAAACUGUUAUCGGACACGAAUGUAAAGCAGGCCAUCACGUGAACAGCCAUGGACACGUUUCUUGUUACAUUACUUUGAUGACAAACUCUAUCCGAGAUGCAGAGUAACUGGCGUGGUUCCAGUCCUUUUGGCCAGGGUAUCAUCUGGCAAUGUCCUCAAAAGCAUGAACAUAUAGUAAAUAUUUAUGUACAGUCAUAUCCAAUAAUUUAUUUGCAUAUUUAUAUUUGUAUUUAUUACACAAAUUGUUUAUCUGUUUAAGGUUAAAAACCCGAUACAUAUUUUGCUAUCAAAACAAUGUUAUGUUUUGCUGAGAUUUUAUAUCUGUUUGCUUUGUGGAUUGAUCUCAACAAUGCAGUACAUUAAAUUUAAAAUCCAUGCUUCAUGAAGGUGAUCUCAUACAUUAGGCGUGCCUUCUUCUUGCGUGGUCUUGGGACUGAAACAAGUUGUUGUAUGUUGCAAACUGUACAUUUUGAUAAUAUGACGAAAUUUGGUUACAGAUAAAUGCUGUUUCUUCUUAAAUUUGAUUAGUAAAAACAUUCGAUUCAUUCAGUUUUAAAAGAUGUUGGGUGCCAGAAGUUGGUCUGAGAAUGAAUAUGAAUCACAGAUUGUAUUAAAUUGAGUUAGAACACCUGACUCCAACAAACAAGAUUUAUACAAAAAUGUUCAUAUUACAAAAUAUUUCUAAAUGAUUGUAUCGUUUUCACUUUUUUGUAUUCCUUCAUAUUUUACGAUCAGAUUGAGCUUAAAACUAACUUAUCAAAAUAAAACCUCUGACUUUUCUUCAAAGGGAGAGUUUUUUCCAACGGCAGUUUUACGUAGUGCACUCUCCCUCUCUGAGGGCUUAUUUAAUUCCAUUUAUUUCAUUAACCCUGAGGGUAACCCUGUAACUAUAAUGCUGAUUUGCAAAGGGUCCCUUACUAAUGGCUUGCAAUAUGAGACAUUAAUUUUGUUUUUAACAUUUUUAGCCUAAAUACAAUUCUUUUACAAAGUAUCUUAAAGCAAAAUCAAAAUUAGGCACAAACAAGGAAAAAGACUGUGCAAAGUUUUAAAACUGGUCGCCCGUUUGCGCUCAACCAAGAGGCUAUUCCAAUGCUUAGCACCUCUUUAUAAAAUUUUGUCUAUUCACAGAUAUUCUUAGACAUUCUAAGGUUGGUUAUCGGAUUUUGACACAUCGUAUGCCAAAGUUGGAAUAUUACAUAUAUAUUUUUGGGCUAAUCCAUUUAGUGGUUUGAACACAAUUUUGGUAUUCGAUAGUGAUUAACUCUCCGAUAGUUUACCACCCAAGAUUUUUACUUAUGAGAGGUUUGCCUGGAGCAUUAAAACUGCUGUCAGUUAAUUUCAUCGCAGCUUGUUUCUGCAGUUCUUCGAAAUGGUUGACUUCUACUAAUUCAUUAAACCCCCAGACUGCACAACAUUAACAAAAAUGUGGCUCAAAAAUGAUA